AUGCCUAUUGAAGAUUUAUCCGAUGAAGGCCUUCCUAAAGUGCCAAAUCUUGAUUUAGCACAAAUAAAAUUUCUAUUAACAAUUAAACCGAAUGAUGUAGCACUGAAAGAAAAACUAUUAAAUGAAAUCAAAUUAAACAACAUGACAUCAUUCUAUAGUGAAUGUGUAAACGACGGUCAAUUGUCAUCUGAUGACAAACUUCUUCAAACUAUGCGAUCGGUUAAUGAAGAAAAAAUUAAAGAAUUCGAUGAAAAAAUUCAAGAAACUGAAAAAACAUUUGGUGAUAGUGAAAUCCGUGAAUGUUAUUUAGCAAAAGCUCAAUAUUUAUGUACAAUUGUUGAUCGUGAACAAGCAUUAACAUGGUUAAGAAAAACUUAUGAAAAAACUGUUACAUUGGGACAUCGUCUUGAUUUAAUUUUCUACCAAUUACGUUUAGGUUUAUUUUAUAUGGAUCAAGAUUUAAUUGGAAGAAAUUUAGAUAAAGCCAAAACAUUAGUUGACGAAGGCGGCGAUUGGGAUAGACGUAAUCGUAUGAAAGUUUAUCAAGGUUUACGUGCAAUGUCAAUUCGAGAUUUUAAAUCAGCUGCUGAAUUGUUUCUCGAUACAGUUGCAACAUUUACAUCUUAUGAAUUAAUGGAUUAUCAAACAUUUGUUACAUACACAGUUAUUUGUUCGCUUCUGGCACUUGAACGACCAAAGUUACGAGAAAAAGUUAUUCGUGGUAGCGAAAUUCUCGAGAUUCUUCAUGGGCUUCCAUUAGUCAAAGAAUAUUUAUUCUCGCUCUACGAAUGUCGUUAUGCAGAUUUUUUUCGUUGCUUAGCAAAAAUUGAACACGAUCUACUUAGUCAAGAUCGUUAUUUCGCACCACAUGUAGCAUAUUAUGUACGAGAAAUGCGUAUUAUUGCAUAUAAUCAAUUAUUACAGUCAUAUUCAUCAUUAACACUUAAAGGUAUGGCACAAGCAUUCGGUUGUUCCGAAGGAUUUCUUGAUAAAGAACUAUCACGUUUUAUUGCAAACGGACGACUCAAUUGUAAAAUCGAUAAAGUCCGUGGCAUUAUUGAAACAACACGGCCUGAUUCGAAAAAUUUUCUCUAUCAAGAAGUUAUCAAAAAAGGUGAUUUAUUACUCAAUCGCGUGCAAAAAUUAAGUCGUGUUAUUAACAUCUAG